CUGACACAGUUGUCUCCCUUGAAGUGAUCGUUAUAAUCAUGAGUGGUAAUGGACUUCGUUUCCUAAGGCAAGUUGUGGAAGCUGGAACAAAAUGCCGAGGAUUUGAGUCUAUACUGGACAAGGUCAAAGUUGUGUCCGGUGGCAAUGGUAAAAUGGUGUGUGAGAUGACUGUUACAGAGGACCAUCAGAAUCGUCUGGGCACCUUACAUGGAGGAAUGACCGCAGCAUUAGUGGAUGCUGUGUCCACUUGGGCCCUACUGACCUCCGAGCGACAGGUAGCAGGAGUUAGUGUGGAAAUGAACAUCUCGUAUAUGAAGGCAGCAAAAGUUGGCGAGGACAUUCUGAUCGAGGCUAAUUCCGUCAAAGUGGGAAAGACUUUAGCUUUUCUGAACGUGGACAUUAAAAAGAAAAGUGAUGGGGCCUUACUAGCUCAGGGCAAACAUACCAAGUUUAUAGGUAGCUAGUACAUGUCAUGUGAGGAUACUAGCUCAGGGCAAACAUACAAAGCUUGAAGGCAGCUAGUACUCGCCAUGUGAGGAUUAUAGACAUGAAGGUAACUCUUCAGCAACAUGAGGGUAACAUCUCGGUGACUUCAGAGUAGAUACUCAAUCACAUGAUCGUAGCUCAGAGAGAAAAAAAUACGCAAGUCAACACACCCAGAUGAAGCUGGUCAUAUUGAAGUCUGCAAAAGUUUUCUGAAUGUUUGUCUUGAAAUGUGAAUGUAUUUUCAUCUUAUGAGUGAUUGGAUUACCGAUAUUAAAAUGUUUUAUUUAUUUA